UUCGUUUCCCCGUCCUCCUUGGAGCCCCUCCUAGUCCCGUUCCCCUUCCCCUUCCCCUACCCAAGUACCCUCCUAGCCCCCUUUCCUCCCUGCCCCCUGCCAGCCUCGUGGACUGGCUCGCACGGGCGCUGGGGGCGGGGUCCUCUGGGGCCCUGGCCCCGCCCCCGGGUCUCCGGGAGCGGAGCGGGCGCCACUCACGCACACGGAGCCGCCAUUUUGCUGCGAGAGUCGCCAACAGGGGACCCGGUGCUUUCUCGUUUGGGUGGCGGCGGCUCCAGUGGCGACUGGCGGCGGCAGCUGCUGGGAGCUGGGCCGGCUCGGGGCGCGGCGGGAGGCUCGGCUCAGCGGAGGCAGUGCUGGGAGGAGCGGCCCGGCGGACAGGAAGAAUUUUGUUGUUGGAGAAUGACAGCAACUCUAUUUCUUAAUUCAAAUACUGUUCUGCAGGAUUUAAAUUCUGCCUACUGGUUCAACUGAGCUAAGCUCUACUUUUCUUUACUCUAGAAAUCGAAAAAACCAAGGAGGUUUUGAUGUUUUGUGUGGCACCUUCUGAAUUAGCAACCAUCAUGAAUGUACCUAAGGGUGGCCUGGUGUUGUUUUCAGCUAAUUCUAAUUCAUCUUGUAUGGAACUUUCAAAGAAAAUUGCUGAGAGACUAGGGGUUGAAAUGGGCAAAGUUCAGGUUUACCAGGAACCAAACAGAGAAACAAGAGUUCAAAUUCAAGAAUCUGUCAGAGGAAAAGAUGUUUUUAUCAUCCAAACGGUUUCGAAGGAUGUGAAUACAACAGUCAUGGAACUCUUGAUCAUGGUGUAUGCUUGUAAAACCUCCUGUGCCAAAAGCAUUAUUGGAGUGAUUCCCUAUUUUCCAUAUAGUAAGCAGUGCAAGAUGAGAAAAAGGGGUUCCAUUGUCUCUAAAUUAUUGGCUUCAAUGAUGUGCAAAGCUGGUUUGACUCACCUUAUCACCAUGGAUUUACAUCAGAAAGAAAUACAAGGCUUCUUCAAUAUUCCUGUUGAUAAUCUGAGAGCUUCACCAUUCUUAUUACAAUACAUUCAAGAAGAGAUCCCAGAUUACAGGAAUGCAGUGAUUGUAGCCAAAUCACCAGCUUCAGCCAAGAGGGCACAAUCCUUUGCUGAAAGACUGAGAUUAGGAAUUGCUGUGAUUCAUGGGGAAGCUCAAGAUGCUGAGUCUGAUUUGGUGGAUGGGAGACAUUCCCCACCUACAGUCAAAAAUGUAGCUGCUAUACAUCCCAGUCUGGAGAUUCCAAUGUUGAUUCCAAAAGAAAAGCCACCCAUUACAGUUGUUGGCGAUGUAGGAGGAAGAAUAGCCAUUAUUGUGGAUGAUAUUAUUGAUGAUGUUGACAGCUUUCUUGCAGCAGCAGAAACACUGAAGGAAAGAGGAGCUUAUAAAAUCUUUGUGAUGGCAACCCAUGGUCUCCUAUCUUCAGAUGCUCCCCGAUUAAUAGAAGAAUCUGCUAUUGAUGAGGUGGUGGUUACCAACACAAUUCCACAUGAAAUACAGAAACUCCAGUGCCCCAAAAUUAAGACCGUGGAUAUCAGCAUGAUCCUUUCCGAAGCCAUUCGCCGAAUUCACAAUGGAGAAUCCAUGUCUUACCUGUUUAGAAAUAUAGGCUUGGAUGACUGAGGGUUGUUUUUUUUUUUUUUCAUAUAAGCUAACAUGGGCCAAACUGGAAAUGUAUAGAACAUGUACUGUGAAGUAUCAUGCUUGAUCUUAAAUAUUUCAAAGGAACCUUUUUUGGGGGGGUGGAGAAGUUUAAUGGGUUUUUUUCCCCACCCCUAUUUUUUUCCUUAAUUUCUUACUCUAUGAGGGUAGACCAGAUUUUUAACAGUUAGGUAGGGUUGGGGAGGGGGGUUUUGUGUGUAACUUUUUUCAAAAAGCACAUUCCCAACUCCCUUGUGUUUAAGAACAGAAAGGGGAAAAAAGAUCCAGUUGUUUUGGUUUAGCUUACCGUUUAAAAACAAUAUUUUGUGCUCAUAAACCACCCCUUUCCCAAAGUUGCUUGAUUCAGAUGAUUUAAGAUGUUAAUAAAAUUAAUUAAUCUGUGAUAUUUGACCUUUAAAAAUUAAAAGGUUAUACUGUUGUAUGCAGUGACAUUUUGUAGAAAUGCUUUUAUAGAAAAGCAUAUGAAAUAUGCACCUGUAUUUAUUUUCUGCAACAAAAAGGAAUAAAGAAUUUGUUGUGUGAAUUUUUUUAAACUUUUAUUGAGUUGUACCAUUGGUUUGCUUACUAAGCUAUAGCUCUCUGAUUAUAAUAAAUGACAAUUUGUAUUUUUA